AUGCGCCAGCAGAAGGAGGAGGAGCGUCUGCGGAAAGAACAGGAAAAAGCGGCUGAAGAGGCAGCUGCUCGUGAGGCAGAUCGAAAGCGCCAAGAAGAGCUGCAACGCAAGCGUGAGGCCGAGCGCAAAGAGGCCGAGAAGAAGGAGGCGGCGCGCAAGGAAGCGGCUCGCAAAGAGGCAGCUCGCAAGGAGGCCGAGCGCAAGGAGGCCGAGCGCAAAGAGGCCGAGCGCAAAGAGGCCGAGCGCAAAGAGGCCGAGCGCAAAGAGAUGGAGCGCAGAGAAGCUGCAAAGCGAGAAGAGCGCCGCCGACAGGCCGAGCGCAAAGCAGAGGAACGCCGGCUUGCGGAUGAGCACAAGGCGGACGAGCGUCGACGCCGGAAUCAGGAGCGGCGCCAGCGCUUGAAAAAGAGCGAGAGCGACUUGCGGUCACUGGCCCAAGCUCAUGCCCAAGCACCGGCUACGAAGCAGCCGCACUCUCUCUUUUCCCCAUCGCCGUCAUCAACGACAACCCCCGCCUCUGCACCCACACAUAUUCCCGCUCGCAAGUCUGCACCAUUCCCUGCGCAAGUGCCUGCAUCGUUGCCUGGCACAGUUGACCAUGCCCUGUUUGCAUCUGAGCCAUUUGCCCCGCUGGCCUUUGGCUCCGUCACGACGGAACGUGAUGCUUGGGAUCACCAACGGCUGCCUUCGCUCGGGCGCCAUGCAUUCGAGUCCUUGCCAAGAGCAGCCACAACACAUGGCCCAUCAGGCAUAUCACACACAGCGCAACCGGCCAACAUGUCGUCGCAUGGUGCUCCUGACUUUGCACCGCCGCCAACGACCUCUGCAGCGCCAGCGACGCCAGCGUCUUUCUUUGAUUACAUGCCAUCGACGACGCAUGCACUUAGUCACCUGUCCUUGCAUCCUACAUCGACGCCCACACGGCGCCGUGGCGCCGGCGUCGGCAGUGGUGCAUCGCAUGACUUUGACCUGGGACUCAAUGCUCUAAUGCCACAUGCGCGAGAAGCGCCAUCAACAGGGGCGUCUACGGCCGCGUCUGCCUUGCCCUCGACACCUUCACGCCCCGUGGUGGCUCCCAUUGGUCCGAUUGAGCGGCCGCGGCGGUCCUUGACCACUGGUAAUGAUGUGGUAGCGGAAGGAGGCGUCGUAGGUAGUGCAGCUCUCGGCGAUGACGAGCCUAUAGAGCCGCGUGGACGUCGUACUGCUGCGAAUGGCCCGCCUCUUGGCACAAGUCCGUUUGGACAGCCGCCACUCACCACGCCUGGUUUUUAUGGGUCGCCGUGGUCGGCACCAGGCUAUCAUUUAGGCCUGGGUGGUCUGAGCAUCUCGAGUCCGCCAACAUCGCAUGCGUCUUCUGCUGCUGCUGCUGCCACCGCCGCAGCGGCGGCGGCGGCGACGCCUGGCUCAAACAUGGCACCGGCCUCGUCGAUGGCGUCUGUCCCACCUGCCCCUACAACUUCGCACCUAGGCCCUAUACCAAGUUUGCCAAGUCUAUCGACGCCGUCUGCAUCAAUGGCGCAUGCCUUUGAGCCGCAUGGUUUCCAGCCUGCAUGGGGCUCGUCAUGGGACCGUGCGCGACAUGCGUUCGAGCAGCAGCCUAUCGACGGCUUCAGCCCCGCAGACACGUUAUCAGAUCUGGCGGGAGUCGCUCAUGCGUCUCCCUUUGUCUCAGGUGCACGCUCACGCAAUACUAUGGGCAGUGGCACUAGUACCAGUGCCAAGUUUCUUCCGCAUGCUGCUGGCGAUUCAGUGCAUGCUUUUGCGGGACGUUCAUAG